AUGUUGCGUUCUUGCCUAUGCGGGUCUUGUCGUUUGAGGCUGCAGCUGUACAAGCACUGCAGCAGCGGCGCCUGCAGCAGCAGGAUCAGGAGUAUCAGCCGCAGCAGUAGCAGCAGGAGUGUGGGGGAGCAGCACGUGAGCAGCUCAGCAGCAGAGUUAAGCGCAGGUGAAGGCUGGGUGUUGUUUGGCUUGGGAUUUCUGGGUUUGCUGCCGCUGCCGCAGUGGCAGCAAUCUGCUGCAGGCCUUCCUAAUCUAGGGGAUAUAUCAUUCGCCGAUUUCUACGACUUAACAAACGGUUCUUUGAGCCCUGUGUCUGCGUUUCUGCUCCUUUUGCUGUUGCUGCUGUUGCUGUUGCUGCUGUUGCCAUCGCUGCUGUUCCUUUCUGCUGCAGCUCCGAACCAGGCUGCCAAAUUGCACUGCUUCGUUAGAGACGGCAGAGAGGAAGGGACAGCCGCAAAGUUGUCUCUGCUGCUAGAAGAAGAAAUACAGGCAUUUGUGCCUAAAGAUACUGUUGCUGCUGUUACUGCUGCUCGUACUGCUGCAACUGCUGCUGCUGCCACUCUUGCUGAGUUAGGUAGUGUUGCAGAAGAUCCAGCAGUGCUACUAACACCUCAUGCAGCAGACAAAUGUGUGCAGCAGAAGCAGCAACAUGCAGGCACCAGCAGCAGCAGCAGUGGGAUAGAAGCCGAGUCCUGCUGCUGCAGCGCGGAGACAGUAGCACUGCAGCAGCAGCAGCGGCUGCUGGCUCCUCAGAUUGUUGCAGAAGCAACAAAUGGAGGGGGCAUCCCCGCCAGCGGUGACGUGGAUGUCCGCGCGGACUUCGCAAACAAAAUCAUUGGAGGAGGCAUUCUAUACCAUGGGGCGCUGCAAGAAGAAAUAUUUUUUUCUGUCUGCCCCGAACUGCUGCUCCUGCGGCCUCUAUCGCAGCAUCUGCGUCGAGGAGAAGCAGCGCAUGCAUUUGGUUGUCUGCGAUUCUCCGACUAUAGAGGAUAUGCUGCCACCUUCAGGUGUCUCCUCAACAAACAAACCAGCAGCAGCAGCAGAAGCAGCAGCAGAAGCAGCAGCAAGAGCAGCAGGGGACCUCAAAGUGGACCCCAGCAGAAGGAACACACAGGGGGUGACACAGCAGCAGCAGCAACAGCACCAGCAGGAACUGCUGGGAGAGAGGAACUGGCUACGGGUCAUGCAGCGACAGGGGGCAGUUUACUGCUCUCUCUCGACUCAGAUGAUGAAGGGGACAGACAGACAGGGAUCGCCGACGAUCCAAUCCCAGAGGCGACAGCAGCAACAGCAACAGCAAAAGCAGCAGGACCAGUAGCAGCGGCAAAGGAGUGGGAGGGCAUAGAAGGCGUGGAAGCCCUAGACUCAACCCCGUUGCUGCUGCAGUGGCUGCUGCCUGUGCAUGCAUACCGCUGCAACCGCCAGCAGCAUAACCCUCCAAAUCCGCACGUACAGACGAAACCAGAAUCAGACACAAAGAUAGAGAUGGAGUCAGAGACAACUGCAGCAGCAGCAGCAGCAAGAGCAGCAGCAUCAGCAGCAAAACUGCAACGAGGGCAUCUUCGCCUGGAUCCUCCACUGCUACGGGUUCAGUGCGCCUCUCUAGUAGCUAUCUUCGAUGCUGCCCGUUUUGGGGCUUCCCGAUCUGUACAAGCAGAAGCAGCAGCAGCAGUGGGUGCAGCAGAGGGUCUGCCUGGUGCUUCUAGCAACACCCAAGCAGCAGCAAAAGAAGUGCUGCCGCGAGCGCAGCAGUUCUCCGUCCCCCUAAUGCUAAGAGAAAUACAAAAAGUCUCCGCUGCGCUCCACCUGCCCGUGCUGCCCGUUUUGGGGCUUCCCGAUCUGUACAAGCAGAAGCAGCAGCAGCAGUGGGUGCAGCAGAGGAUCUGCCUGGUGCUUCUAGCAACACCCAAGCAGCAGCAAAAGAAGUGCUGCCGCGAGGGCAGCAGUUCUCCGUCCCCCUAA